GGCAAACGUUCGUAGAUGCUGUACGCAUCGCCUUACCGUAGUGUGCUUAUUGUCGUUGUUUGGUUAUCAGUUUUCGUAUUAUUAUCAUAUGUCGCUCGGUCAAUACAAAUAAACUUUAUCCAGACUUGACUGUCUUUACUUAAUCUCAUAUAUUUUCUUGGAAGUACGGUCAAUUAGACACCAUGACUGUGCUAACGAGUGACGAUAAAACGCCAAUGAAUCGCGUUAAAAGUACUGUGUCUUUUGCUGCUAUGCUCGAAGAAACCAUGAACAUUAACGACGGUGAUCACAGCGAAGAAGAAGUUUGUGAACUCAUACCCGAAGAAUCGCCAGGGAGGACAAGAGUUUUUAGCAUGUCCAAGGAUCGUCCUAUCACGAGAAUUCCGACUAGGGUGGAAAUGAAAACUUUAACCCAUAAAGCUAAGAGACCGGCCGUUGACAUUGAAUUUCACGAUUUAAUUUACACUGUGGAUACUACAGCAGGAGAACGAACAAUACUAAAAUCCGUGAACGGCUUCUUUCGCUCCGGGCACCUAACAGCUAUCAUGGGGCCUUCUGGCGCUGGAAAGAGCUCAAUCAUGAACAUUCUUGCUGGAUAUGUGAGAAGUGAUAUUAAGGGGCAGAUUUUAACAAAUGGUCAUCCUAGAAACAUGCAACUUUUUAAAAAACUUUCUAGUUAUAUUAUGCAAGAUGAUCUUCUGCAACCUAGACUUACAGUAUUAGAGUCAUUGACUUACGCCGCAAGAUUGAAGAUUGGUAAUGAGUUAUCAAAAGAGGAUAAAUGUAAAGCUGUCGACGAAGUAAUCGAAUUAUUAGGGGUAACAAAGUGUCAAAAUACAUUUGUAGAAAAAUUAUCUGGAGGGCAACGCAAACGACUAUCCAUAGCAUUGGAGUUAGUCAACAAUCCUCCAGUUAUAUUUUUAGAUGAACCAACCACGGGUUUGGAUUAUUUUGCGAUAAAACAAUGCAUGUCUUUGCUUGUUGAUCUUGCCAAGCAAGGAAGAACUGUAAUUUGUACAAUUCAUCAACCAACUUCAUCUCAGUUUCAUAUGUUCGAUCAUGUUUAUAUGUUAGCCAGAGGUUCGUGUAUUUAUAACGGAACACCUCGACAACUUGUCCCAUUUUUGGCACAAGUAGGACAUGUGUGUAAAUCAACAUAUAAUCCUGCAGAUUUUGUGUUCGAAGUUUUAGAUAAUGACACCAUAAAAAACUUGAAUAGGGAAAUCCAAAAUGGAAAAAUUAUUUUAUGUGACGAAAUAAAUGAAUCGGAAAAAAAACCACCAGUUGCAAAACUUUGUCGUAAUGAGACUUUGGCUGUAUUACCACGUGUAUUUGAUAAUUUGGAAUCGUCAAACAAAAAGUAUCCUGGACAUUCAUCGUCGUUUUUGACACAAUUUUCAAUUAUAUUAGAUAGAAAAACAAAACAAAUUUUAAGGAAUUCCACUGCCUUAUAUAUAUCAUUUUUUCAUCAUCUGAUCUCAGCUCUUCUUUUGGGAAGCAUAAAUCUGGGUAUCGGAAUUGACGGAGAUAAACCAUUUGAAAACUUCAAGUUUUGUAUUAGUAUAGUCGUAUUUUUUAUUUACACUUAUUGCAUGGUCCCAAUACUAACUUUUCCUGGUGAAGUAAAAUUAAUACGUCGUGAAUAUUUUAAUCAUUGGUAUGGACUUAAGUCAUAUUGCUUAGCUACUUAUGUUACAUCAAUCCCUCCAUUAAUUAUUUUUGGUGGACUCUUCUGUUUGGUUGCUUAUUUCAUGAGUGCACAACCUUUGGAUUGGAUAAGAUUGACCCAGUUUAUGGUGUCGGGAUUAUUUACUGGAUACAUAUCAGAAGGUUUAGGAAUAUUAAUAGGAUCAGCUGUGAAUAGUGCCACCGGUGCCGUAUUAACACCAGCCUUGGUAGCCCCUCUAUUAGCAGUUGCUGUUUAUGGAAUGGGUUUUGGACAAGUGAUUGAACCUUUCAUGAAAACUCUGAUGGGACUGAGUUUUGUGAGAUAUUCUUUAGUAGCUACAAUAAUAUCUUUGUAUGGCAAUGGUCGUGCCGAAAUGGAAUGUCACAGUCCAGAUUUAUAUUGUCAUUAUAAAAAUCCUGAACUAUUGAUGAAGGAUUUGGGGAUGAACGGAGAAUCAAUGACACGCCAAUUUAUUUUACUUGCUCUGUUUGGUUUUACAUUCAGAUUAGGAGUAUAUUAUGUAAUCAAGAUUAAAAUGACAAACAAAGCAUUGAGAGAUUUACCACUUUUCUUCAAAAAAUUAGUUCAUAGAUAAUUUUAACAAUUUAAAUAAUUUAAUUUUUACCUGAUAUUAUGUUGACGUAUUAUUAAAAAGCGUUAUUUUAAAUUUUA